AUGGGCGCGCGAGUUUCCGCAUCGGCCAAGCGCAUUGCGGUGGAACGGCUGCAUGUUGCUGGCUCGGACGAAAGUGAGUUCGACCUCGACGAAGAGGAGAAGCGGAUCAAGGACCUGCAAGACAAGAACAAGCAAGUCGUGACGUACGUGGUCGAGAAUCUCUUUCCAUAUGCUCCCGUGAGCAUCAAAAUCCAACGAUUGGACACGCUCGCGGUCGACAGCACCACCGAAAUCGCUUCACCAGCGAAAGAGAAACAGCAUCGCAUGCACAGCUACCUGUGGAUCACCCUCGACGACCUUAUCCUCAAGCAGCAGAACGUUCCACUCGAUGCCACCAUCAGCUACCCACUCGUCGUCGCCAUCGACAACUCCGGGAAUGCCUACGUAACAGAUCGCAACAACGGGCAGCGAAAACUCAAGUCGUCGGACCUGCUUGCGCUGGCCACUGCCAAAGUGCCGCCCCUGCCGCCUGAUCCCGUGUCCCUUGUCGGCGCCACCGGCUGUAGCUUGACGGUGCGCUGGAAAGAGUCCAAUGGGUCCAUUGUCGACCGAUUCGAAGUGCAGUACAAGCCGUGGAACGACCUCCCAACCCUCCACAAGCCUUGGCAGGUGCUCCUCACCUCCCUCAUGCCGUCGCACUCGACUCUCAGCGACCUCUCGUGUCACUCGGCGUUUGCUUUUCGCGCCAAGUGCCACAACCCAGCGGGGUGGAGCGAGUACAGCGCUGUGACCGGCCCCUUCUCGACCCUCGCGGGGGUGGCGGCGGCCCCCACGCCACCCUUCGCCACCGUCGUCUCAGACACGUUCAUCAGCGUCGGUUGGUCCGCCGUGGCCGACAACGGAUCGCCCGUCCAAGCCUAUCACUUGGAGAUGAAGCCCCUCGUGGACGCCACGUCACCCUACACGGCCGUGUACAGCGGUCGGGACUGCGGGUAUUUGGUCCCGGGACUGACCCCAAAAUCCAUCUACAUGUUUCGGCUCAAGGCGGUCAAUGGCGUGGGUGAGACGAGCUGGGUCGAGUCGAAACCCGUGCGCACCAAAGAGUUUGCCCGCCCAGAAGUCCAGCCCCUUCCCACGGAGGGCGGCAGCGACAGGUGGAUCGAGUGCUGGGAUUGCAAGCAAGAGCGAGUGUUUUACUUCAACAAGUUUACGUGUCAGCGCACGGACGAGGUCCCGCCGGAAGUGCUGGCGGCGCGCCAGGGAGGUGCCGCCGACGCCGAAGAUUCGAGGGAGAUGGCGUUCCGGAAGAAGCGGUUCCACUUCCACAGGGAGCUGCGCUUGUGUGUGCCCCCCCAGACGGCGCCGUUCGAAGUGACGCUGGCACGCCCGACCAUGUUUGCCGACACAGUCGCGAGGUUCCACCGGGCGUCCAAGAAGGAGCUGCAGCACAAGCCCCGAGUAACAUUCGAAGGCGAAGGCGGGAUCGACUCUGGCGGGUUGACCAAGGACUGGUACUUGCAAGUAUCCAAGCAAGCCGCGCAUCGCUCCCACGGUCUGUUUCGCCCACUUGACAACGGCCUCCUUGAGAUCCACCCAGAGUCGGACUCGCCCGAGCACUUGAAACUGUUUCGGUUCCUCGGCAAGUUCCUGGGAAAAGCCAUCUUUGACCGCCAAGUGGUGCGGUUGCCACUGGCGCCUGUGCUGUACAAGCAUUUGGUGGGGCUGGCAAUCUCAUGGGAUGAUUUCGUCGGUUUGGACCCGCAGUUUUCCAAAUCACUCCACUGGAUCCAGCACAACGACGUGACCAACGUCUUGUACGAGACCUUCUCCAUCACGCGCAGCAACAAUAUCAUAGUUGACUUGAAAGAAAACGGGCGUAAUGUGGACGUGACCGAGGCCAACAAGGCCGAGUACGUCCAGCUCAUGGUGCAGUGGCGGACUGAGUUUGCCGUGCGGCCGCAACUGGACGCGCUCUUGCAUGGCAUGCACAUGCUGUUGCCUCCAGCGUCGCUCCAUGGCUUUGAAUGGGGGGAGCUGGAGAUGCUUUUGAAUGGGAAUCCAGUGAUAGACGUCGACUUGCUCCGGUGCAAUGUGCACUUUCAGGGCGGGUACGACGCCACCGCCCAAGUGAUUCUGUGGCUGUGGCAGGCGCUGCGGGCGUGGGACAACUCGACGCGCCAGAUGUUCCUCCAGUUUGCCACGGGCAGCCCUGCGAUGCCGCUCGACGGGUUCGAUCCGCCGUUGACCAUCACUAAGUCGGACUUGGAGGCCACGGCACUUCCCAGGUCCCACACAUGCUUCAACCAACUGGUGCUGCCAGAGUACCAGUCGUUCAGUGUGCUCUCGGCCAAGCUCGUGUUUGCCAUGCAAAACACGGAAGGCUUUGAAUUGAGCUAAGUAACUGAUGCUAUGGAUUGAUCUCAAAAGAGUGUAGGUUAGAUCUACAGAGUGUAGGUUGCAUGGGCAAAGUAUAUUGACUUUUAG